CAUAUAUAGCGACAUCAUUUCUCCAAUUCCAGACAAACCUUUUAUUUUCUCUGUGUCUAAAAGCAUAAAAGCAUCCGCAAUGGUCGAUCGUCUUCCAUUACUAUCAUUCUCUCUCGCAGCUCAUAAACUAAAAGGCUAGAUUCGAAAAGGACUACACAAGAAAGAAAAUAAUUAAUUUACCACAACCGGCAGAAAUGGUGAAAAUUCCGGUGAAGUUCAGACGGGCGGCGGCGGCGUUCGACCAGGCAGCCAGGGUUAGGUCAUGGGAGAGCAGCGGGACCGAGCACUCUGCGGAUUUGUCUCAUCUCGUGAACUCGUUUCUCGAGAGCGAAAUCAUGAGAGAGGAAAAGACGAGUGAUCAAGAGGUUGAUGAUCAGGAUGUGGAUGGUGGGGGUGAGAUUGAUGAUGAACAACCUGAGAACAACUCUCCGGAUUUUGAGUUGCAGAAUCUUUUGAAGAUGUUAUUUGAUCGUGAGGAUGACGGCGUCAAAAGGAGCAUUCGUGCAGAGGUGGAGAAGGCGGUGGGAGAACUUGGCGGCGAUGAGAAGUUGUCAACGGAUUUUAAACGCCGGUUAAUGGCUCGGUUGCGCAGCAGAGGCUUUGACGCCGGCCUUUGCAAAUCGAAGUGGGAGAAAAAUGGCCGAAACCCAUCGGGUAACUACGAGUACGUCGACAUCAAUGCAGGCGGAAACCGAUACAUAAUUGAAGUAUCUCUAGCGGGAGAGUUCACAAUUGCACGUCCCACGGGUCGCUACGCUUCAUUGCUGGAUGUUUUCCCUCCUAUUUUCGUUGGGAAACCUGAGGAGCUGAAGCAGGUGGUGAGAGUCAUGUGCAGAGCCAUCAGAGAGUCGCUGAAGAGCAUGGAGUUAAGCGUGCCGCCAUGGCGAUGCCUAGCCUACACGCAGGCCAAGUGGUUUGGCUCCUAUAAACGAACAAUUAAAGAAAUUCCAAGCCUUAAGGUGCUGAAGGACUUGGGCUGGGAUCGACUGGUUGGUUUCGUGCCGGUAAGGAGUGCUUCUGUGUAUUGCAGGGAGGAUUUUGCUGCUAAAACUACAGUUAGAAGUGGGAACUUGGAUGCCAUUUUGAACCGCUAGGAAAUGGGAUUGUAAAUUGUACGCAGCAAGCUACUAGCUAAACUGAUUAUUGGGCCGGUCGGAGGAAGAUGAUGAAGCCAAUUAAGAGCCAGGAUAGAGAUAUGAGUUGCUACGGC